AGGAUGGCUGCCCCCCGAGCUUUUGGAUCUAUGGGUCCGAGCCGCCCGCCCCACAGCGCCGGAGCCCAGUGAGGUGGAGGAACCCAGAGAGAUCCCAGAACCGAGUGUGGGGCUGCCGCCGUCCUCAGGUUCGUGUGGGGCGGCUGUGGGGUCUGUGGGCCUUUAUGGGGUCCCUAUGGGUCCCUAUGGGUCUCUAUGGGUCCCUAUGGGGUCUCUAUGGGUCCCGAUGGGGUCCCUGUGGGUCCCUCUGUCCUUCUAUGGGAUCUCUAUGGUUCUCCAUGGCUCCCUAUGAGACUCUAUGGUUCCGGUGGGGCAGAGCUGACCCUGGAGCUGACCCCGGAAGAGCUCCGCCCUCUGGUGACCCCGGCAGAGGAACUGAGAGCCCCGCCCCCUCUGCCUGAACUUCCGGAAGAGGUGGAGCUUCCGCCGGUGGGCGUGGCCUCGUUGCGGCGGUUGGCGUUGGAGGGGGCGGGGAGACCAGAGGGGGCGGAGCUUGGUGGGCUCCUCCCGAGCUCCGCCCCCCGGAAGUUGUGGGCGCGGCUUUUCCGGGUUUGUCUCGAUCUCUGCGCUGCUGGUUGGCUACGCCUGGAGCAAUCCCGCCCCUUUGGGCCAAUCAACAUCCGGCUCGGCCCACGAGGCCCCGCCCACCCCUCGCCAGGCCCCGCCCGCACGGAAUGAAAGAGGCGUGGCUUUGGCUUCAUUCUUUUAUU